AUGGGUAUUAGAGGCUUUUUGGGCUUUGCUAAGUAUAAUAAAUUCAAAUCCGAAGAUCUUGUAUUAGACGGUCAGAAUCUGGCAAAUAUUAUUUUUUACAGGGUGUAUAAUGCAGGAAUGUCAGUUUGUUGCAAUCCGGCUUGUAUGUAUGAAGAGGCUAUGAAAUUCAUUGAUUUAUUCAAAAAUAUGGGGUUGAGAGUGGUAAAAGUAUUUGCAGACAGUAUUUCCAAUCUGGAUAAAAUUGAAACCUAUACGGAACGGAGAUUACAGAAGAACGAAGUAAAUAAAUUCGUUUGGCAUAUGUUGAACCAACGUAGUGACUUUUCACUUUCAUCAUGUGAGAAAGACAGUUAUGGGGAACAGGUUAUGUCAUUAGGAGGUAUUGACACGGAUCGUGAUAUUGCUCUUUACUGCUACAAGCACAAUGCAAUUGUUCUUACAAAUGACAGUGACUUUUUGUUAUAUGACUUGAAGGGUGUAAUCAUUUUGGAUUUAGUCGAUUUGCAAAAUGAAUCUGUGUUUGUCUACCAACGCAAGCUACUGCUACAGCAAUUCAGAUUAUCAGAGCUUCAACUGUUUUAUUUUGUCGCUCGUCAUGGAAACGAUUUCAUUAAGCAUACCCGAAAACAAGACGAACGGAUUGAUAUUGGUAAAACUCUUCGCCAUAUCAGCAGCGAGUGCAAAACAAUUUCGAGCUGUAAGAGAGACUUCAGGAACCAAUGGAAUUAUGAAAUGACGGAUGAGCUUGAUUUGGUAUAUGCAAUCUACGGCACCAAGCAGGUUGAAUAUCCGACCAGCUUGCUAACGCUGGAUAUAAAUGAAGUAAACGAAGUCAAGGAUUGUGUGGGAGAUGAUUUGGAUUGUGUUGCUAAAGACAUAAAGUAUGCGUAUCAGCGAACUGCGCUCGAUAUUAUUCUUUCGCCUUAUACUAUUUUGGAUACUGUGUUGAGGAGAACUUACAAAUUAUUGGGAUGCCAACCCUAUGGGUUUAAACGUGAUACAACAAUCUUCUAUGAAAAGCCAGAAGAAUCCAGUGAUGAAGUCGUGGAAGUGUCCCAAGAAGAAACCGAAGAAAGAGCACAAAACAAUGUUGAAGUGGCUCGUGAGCGAAUGACUGAAUACUUGGAGUUGAAGAAUAUGGAUAUUGAUGAGAGGAUCGAAUUGCUAACCGAAAUCUACAGAGAAAUCGUUCCUGAAGGAUUAGAAAGCCAUGAUUUGAAUACAUACAUCAUUCUAUUGACGGAAUACAUCAUGCAGUUAUGUUUCCCUGAAGAAGAAGAAGUGGAUUUCGUGGAUGAGAUCAUUGAUGUUUUGCUAAAUCAUCAUAGUGAGUAUCAUGAUGCACUACGUUUGCCACACUAUACUCCAUAUCAGAAAUUUGGAUUUGAAUGUAAGAGAGUUCGGGUUUGA